CUAUAUUCACGGCGCAUUCACAGAUGUUUUCUAUAACGUGCACUGGACUUUAAAUGAGAAGAAAAUGAUGAAAAGUGAUUAAUUUCAGAUUUCUAAUCCAUUAAAUAUUAGGUAUAUAUUGUGCGUUUGCAUUAUCACUUCAGUGGCAUUAUUAUUAUUUUACUUUUUCAUUUUGAUUUUGUUUUUGUUAACGGUUAAUCUGCUAAAUUCCCGCCAGAAAUGGAGGGCCAUCACGGCAAGUGGACGCUGUCUGACAGUGAUGAUGAGGACAACGUCAUACCACCAACACCACCGAAAAACAUACAGAAACCCAUAAAGAACAUUAAGCCUGAUCCGCAGCCCAAAGCCAGCCCAGUUAGUACUGCGUUAAAGCCCAAAUCUGAGCCCAAGAACAAAACCAACAUGAAGCUCGAGACUGAAAAACCAUCGGUCCCCGUCAUGGGCUCUGAGGCUCGACAAGCCGCACACCUCCAUCAGAGUAAACCUGUGAAAUACGACAGCAGUCCUUCUGCAGCACUGAAGCGGAAGAGAGAAACAGAUGACGGAGGCUGGAACCUGUCCAGCAGUGAUGACGAUGACGACGGAGCUCCCUCAUCAGCCCCCAAAAACAAACCACAACCCGAACCGCCAAGCUCGAGUCCUCCGAGGAAGAAGCCGGAGAGGAGUCGGCCCCCGAGCCCACACGGAGAAAAUUAUUACAAAGAGGAACCCAGUGAUUUCUUCGAGGCGAGCUUAAAUUCCAUGAACGAUACAUACGGCUUUUAUUUAAACAAAGUCACAGGGAUAGAAAAGAAGUACAACACUGGAGCUUUGCACAUUAAAGAAAUACUUUCCCCCAUGUUUGGCACACUGAAGGAAUCCGUCCAGUUUAACUACUGCUUUGAUAUUCCGUGGAUGGUGCAGCAAUAUCCUCCUGAGUUCAGGAAUAAUCCCGUAACUAUCGUGCACGGAGAGAAGCGAGAGUCGAAGGCUCGCCUCAUGCAGCAGGCUCAGCCCUACAGCCACAUUCGAUUCUGUCAGGCCAAGCUGGAUAUCGCCUUUGGGACUCAUCACACGAAGAUGAUGCUAUUGUGGUAUGAGGAAGGUUUCAGAGUCAUCAUCCUGACCUCAAACCUCAUACAGGCUGACUGGUACCAAAAGACUCAAGGACUUUGGAUGAGUCCUCUGUAUCCACGCUUACCAGAGGGAAGCCCUGAGAUGGCCGGCGAGUCUCCAACAAACUUCAAACGAGAUCUUUUGGAGUAUCUGAACGCGUACCGAGCCCCGGAGUUGGCAGAGUGGAUCGAGCACAUCAAACAACACGACCUGUCAGAAACCAGGAUCUACCUUAUUGGCUCCACACCAGGGAGGUUUCAGGGAUCCAACAUGGAGAAGUGGGGUCACUUGAAGUUGAGAAAGUUGCUGAGCGAACACACACAUCCGGUGCAGGACGCCGAGAAGUGGCCCGUGAUCGGUCAGUUCUCCAGCAUCGGCUCUAUGGGCCUCGAUAAGACCAAGUGGCUCUCAGCAGAGUUCCAGCGUACGCUGACGACGUUAGGGAAGAUCGGGAAAUCGUUAACCGUCCCAGAGACACCACUCCUGCUGGUCUAUCCUUCAGUGAACAAUGUUCGAACCAGUUUGGAGGGGUACCCAGCUGGAGGUUCUUUACCCUACAGUAUACAGACCGCACAAAAGCAGAUCUGGCUCCAUUCCUAUUUCCAUGGAUGGAAAGCUGAAACCACAGGCAGGAGCAGUGCGAUGCCCCACAUUAAGACCUACAUGAGGACGUCUCCAGAUUUCUCUCAGCUCGCCUGGUUUCUUGUUACAAGUGCCAAUUUAUCCAAAGCUGCCUGGGGUGCGCUGGAGAAAAACAACACACAGAUAAUGGUUCGUUCCUAUGAGCUUGGAGUUCUGUUCCUGCCUUCAGCAUUCAACAUGAGCACAUUUCCGGUGGAGAAGAACAUCUUCCCUGUCUCCAGCUCUUCCACAGGUUUCCCCGUGCCUUUCGAUUUGCCACCGCUUCGCUACUCCAGUAAAGAUCAGCCGUGGAUCUGGAACAUUCCAUACACACAAGCACCAGACACUCACGGUAACAUAUGGGUCCCAUCCUGAAACCCUUUUCCCAUCGCCGCUCGGAUACAAAGGGCCAAACGAGGAGAGGAAGUACCCGCUGUUUAUUACUGUAUUAUUACCUGGACUCUCUUACCUUUACUCUACAGUAAACAUGGUGCUGAUAAUAAUAAUUAAAGGGGAAAAAAAACAGACUGUGAACAUUUUUGAUAUUGAAAUGGUUCGGUAAUAAAGAUAAUCGUAAAAUGUGCCGAGA